AUGUUUGAUGGGUUUAUGUCUGUUCUAAGAACCGGUUUAGAUGCUUCAGGGAGCGAUGUCCAUCUCCACAUUAGUUUGCUUGUCAACAUUAGCAAGGCUGAUGGAAAUGAUGAGAUGGAGUUCCUCUGCUCUGUCUGGCCUAACCGCAUCGAAAUUCAAAACCUUUACAUGCUUAGACGCAACAAAAUCAUUCCUAAGACUUACAUGGGACCCAGUUUCGGGAGUUUGAAGUAUGAUUUUCAGACGGCGGUUAAAGAGUUUUUGCGAGUAAGAGGAAUCUACGGGGAGCUUUGCUUUUUCUUGCAUGAGUAUAUGAUGAACAAGGAUAGGAUUGAGCUCAUCAAUGGUUGA